AUGACAGACUUCUUGGGAGCAAAGACCAAGAAAGUCACUACGUACGGUCGACGUGGCAAUCGAGUCAACGUCAUCCCCAUCCACCAUGAUCUAUCCCCAGUCCGGGCCGCCCGCGCCCUUUCUGACUCCCCAUCCCCCACCACUCCCCUCCGGCGCCCUCCCCUAGGCUCCAAGCCGUCUCAGGACUUCGGCAACAUCCCACAAGCGAUAUCGCCGAUCGUAAGAAAAGAGGUCAAGGCAGUCAAGGCGGUGGUCAAGCCCUCUAAGGAAGCCAUAUCAAUCGACUCCCCUCGGCUCGUCCGCCGCAUACAUCGACCCGGUCGAGCGGUGAUCCCAUCCACGCCAUCCAGCUAUGCCCCCACCCCAGCUGCGAAACCUCCACGGACGAUGUUCGAUUGCGUGGAGCUGCUGUCCACCCGGAAGAAAAGGCCAACAAGGCUAGGCAAGAGCCAUCUCGGACGGUACCGGGAAGAUACGGAGGAUGUGGCGGAGGGAGUGGGGCGGCUCGGCCUGAGAGAGCGUCCGGUCUCGCCUGUCUCCGCUAUCGCUAGCACCUCGACACCCACCCGUAUCGCCUCUCGCGCCGAAGAGGACUCCGCUUCACUCCCUUCGCGCCCUUCCUCUACUCUGCCCCUCAUCAUUGCGGUCCCCACACUCGAGGGGGUCUGCUCCAGUCCGGAUGUCAACACCUUUGACCAUAUCCUUGGUAUCGCCUCAUCCAUCGGAACAAGCUCCACCUCUACUAGUUCCUCUUCACCGCUCAUGACAAAGGCUGGCGAGGCGACCUACUCGGAGGUCUUCUCCGUCACCUCGGGAACGGAAGGGCGGAUUGUCAUGAAGGUGAUACCGAUCACUAGGGGCGCGCCGGUCACCCAGGAAGGGGUCGACUCUCCAUACCAGUCUCCGGCGGAAGACGUGGCCAAGGAGGUGGAGAUCACCAAGCGGAUGUCCGGACUGGAAGGAGGUGGCUUUGUGACGUUUUGUGGAGCAUACAUCGUACAAGGCACCUACCCCCGCCAUUUACUGGCAGAAUGGGACGCCUAUGCCGACUCUCACGGCACCGAAAACGUCCGCCCGUCAUGCUUUGACAAGACGCAGGAGUAUGUGGUCAUCUUCCUUCGGGAUGGCGGAGCCGAUCUCGAGGCGUUUACAUUCGCCAAGAAGACAGGAUGGGUGCAGGCUGCGGGCGUGUUCUGGCAGGUUGCAGAUGCGCUGGCCAGGGCAGAAGAGUGGGCAGAGUUCGAGCAUCGGGACCUACACGAAGGUCAGAUCCUCAUCGAGACCUACCCAUCCACACACGGCGGCUCAGAUCCGCUCGACCCCUCUACCUCAGGCGUCAAGGCUACUAUCAUCGAUUUCGGUCUCUCUCGACUCCGAGCGGCGGAUGAAGCGCGGGUCGUGUUCACACCUGUACCGGAUGACGUGCUCGAAGGGGAAGGGGAGCAAUGGGAUGUAUAUCGGGCAAUAGAUAAGCGGAUCCAGGGGGACUGGGAGGGAUAUCAUCCGAUCUCGAAUCUAAUGUGGCUCCAAUACAUCCUCAACCUCCUCCUACUUCGUAUCCCAUCCCUCAAGCGGCCAAAAACAAAAUUUCCACCUCCAGCCGCUCGAACACGUACUACCGCUCGCGUCAUCGUUUCCGCCCGAGCCCGUCCCAAGGCUGUCAACGCGGACCAAGAGAGGUCCGAGGCGGCGUAUCAGCAGUUGAGCGGGGCGAAGGAGGCGGUCAACUCGGCGUUGAGCACGAGAGGUAGAAAGCCAGUGGCGGGAAAGAUGGGGUCGGCAUCGGAUUUGAUGGGCUGGGCUAGGGGGCGGGGAUGGUUUGCAUGA